AUGCGAAUCGUGAACCUCGUCGUCACGUUGAAAACUCUUGGUGAGACCAUCGACGAUCCUCGUGUUGUCAAGAAAAUAUUGCGUGUGUUGCCACCCAAAUUCAAUCAAGUUGCAGUAUCCAUUGAGAUGUUCUGUGACAUGAAAACACUGACAGUGGAGGAAUUGGUGGGGAGACUGCGCGUUGCUGAAGAUCGAUUCGAGGAGAAAGUCGAGCAGAUCACUGAUAAGGCGGGCCGUUUAUUGCUUGCCGAGGAUGAGUGGCUUGAGAAACACAAGCACCGUUUCCAACCCACUCAAGGUCGUACUGGAGGAAGUAGCAGUGCUGGUGGAGGCAAAGGCAAACAGCCACAUCGACACGAUGGUGGUGGGUCGAAGGCAGCCGGCAACGUCAAGCUCACCUCAGAAGGCACACCUCGUCGGAAGGGAAGGUGUAGAAAUUGUGGCAUCUAUGGUCACUGGGCUGAGGAUUGUAAAAGGCCCAAGAAGCAAAAGAAGGAGGAGAAGCACGAGGAGGCAAACGUCGCUGUGGCAGGUGCUAAUCAUAAUCCAGCACUGUUUCUGUCAGUGGCAAAGGACAUCAUAGAAUUACCUGUAGAGGUCGUUCAUCUCACAGAGAAGAAGGUGGUGCCGGUUGAUUGCCCAGAAGGUGUUUGGGUGCUAGAUACAGGAGCUAGCAACCAUAUGACAGGAUGUCGUGCUGCUCUCACUCAUCUGAAUGAUCGAGUUUGUGGGACUGUAAGGCUGGGUGAUGGUUCCAGCAUGGAGAUACAUGGGCUUGGCUCCAUGGUCAUUCAAGGAUGA